AUCAAAAGCCUUGAUCAGCAAUUUUUGCACAGAAUUAUUUUAUGUAUACAAUUCACUCAUCCAGUUGGAAAGGAGACAGAAGCUGGUUGCUCGGUUUUCAUAUGUGAGAAAUAUCUACCUGAAACUUAGAAGUAUUUCCAAAUCUGCCUCAACAGAUAUGCCCCACCCAGACAGUUUGUUAAGAGGGAGGAGUAGACAGAAAGCUAAAAGUCCAUAACAGAAGUGAAAAAGCAAGUGGAUCGGAAAGUGUACAUUCUGACAACUCAGCUAAAGAAAGCACAAGUGACUAAGAAGUACCAUACAAUAAUAUCUCUUUUGCUGUGUUGUGGGUGAGCCCCAAAUCAGAGAUGGAAAGUUUAGAAAACAAAUCUAUCAACCACUCCAAACUGGGGGAAAUUGAAGGAAUCCCAAUGCCCAGUGAAAUGGUAGAGAAUUGGAAUCUAAUACGUGGCUUUCAAGCUCGGCCUGAUGACCUUCUUCUCUGCACUUAUCCCAAAGCAGGGACCACGUGGAUACAAGAAAUUGUGGACAUGGUCCAGCAUAGAGGAGAUGCACAGAAAUGUGCCCGUGCACCCAUUUACGAGCGGAGCCCCUACAUAGAACUUUUCCUUCCAAAGCCCAUCCCUUCAGGCUUUGAAUUGGCAUUAGCAAUGCCUUCCCCGCGAACCCUCAAAUCUCAUCUCCCAGUUCAUCUCUUGCCAACUUCCUUCUGGGAACAAAAUUGCAAGAUCAUUUAUGUGGCCAGAAAUGCCAAGGACUGUGCUGUCUCCUUCUUCCAUUUCCACCGCAUGAAUAAAUUACUUCCAGAUCCAGGAACGUGGGAAGAUUUUCUGGAGAAUUUCAUUGCUGGGAAAGUUUGUUAUGGCUCAUGGUUUGAUCAUGUUCGUGGUUGGUGGGAGGCUAAAGACCGUCAUUCAAUUUUGUACCUCUUUUAUGAAGACCUAAAAGAGAAUCCAACUCAGGAAAUCCAGAAAGUAGCUCAGUUCCUAAGUAUAGAUCUUACAGCAUCAGUCCUGGAUCAGAUUGUGCAGCACACGGGAUUUGACAGCAUGAAAGAAAACCCAAUGGCUAAUUACAGCAACAUACCUUCCUCUGUCCUUGACCAGACAGUGUCACCCUUUAUGAGAAAAGGCACCGUAGGUGACUGGAAGGAAUACUUCACAAUGUCUCAAAGCCAACAACUGGAUGAAAUCUGCACCCAAAAACUAAGUAACAGUGGCUUGGAGUUCCGCACAGAGCUAUAAAUAGACUUCCCAAUGCCUUCAAGCAAGACUUUUUCUCAGACUGAUUUCUACUUGAGUUAAAAGAAAUAAUCACGAAUUUACAAGCAAUGGUAGAAAGUCCUUUUGUGAUUAUAAGCCUCAUAAUUCCCCUGAGAAUGAAUGGAAAGAGUCAGUCUCUUAAUUACUCUCUGUGAUGAGGAGAUAAAGAAUGAGUACAUUUUAUUUGAAUAACCUUUGCAUCAUGUCUUUUCCCAAAAAUCUCAGAGAGGCAGAUAUAAUUUGUGGUAAGGAUACAUUUUAUCCUUACAGGAAUUCAGCUUGUGGAUUGUGCAAGAAAAAGGAGAAAAAGAGAACAAAGAUGAUCAAAAACCUAAAUUAUAGCCAAACGUAGCAUAGCCUUCUCCCCUUACCCUGAUCACAUCUGUUUUUGGAGAAAUUUGCAGCAAAUGGCCAAUAUCCAUAAAUCUUGCCAAACGAAACUUCUCACUCUUGGCCCUGCUAAGUAGACAGGUAAUCUUCCUUUAACAACCACUUGUUCUGCAUCUUUUCGAAGUUACAGCACUGAAAGAGUGGUACUUAUGACAAUCCUCCAAGUUCCAGCUGUCCCACCAACCCUGUGGUUAUGUGAUCACAAUCUGACUGAUUGGCAAGUGGCUUGCACCUACGACAAUUGCAAUAUGCCACAGUCACAUAAUUGCCAUUUGUGAGAUUCCCUGCAGGCCUUCUGCAAGCAAAGCCAAGUUGCCUGCACCCUCCAGUAUCUGACAGCAGUGAUCCCUGGCUGAAGAAGAGUUAUUCAGGAAGAAGGCAAGGGAGUGUUAUUUACAGUUGUGAUGAAAAUUAAUUAAGUAACUAAAUCAACCAUUCCUUCCUUCCCUUUGUUUCUGACUUAAUCCUUAAAACGUUGCUCGCAUCACCUACAGACAAUAGAUCUAGUCCAUCAACAUCAAGGUUUAUGAAUUGCAGAAUAAAAUAAGAAGACAAGGGAGUAUUAUUUACGAUUGUGAUCCCCACUGAUUAAUCAACCUUUUCUUCCUAUGCUUCUUCUCAAACUUAAUCCUUAAAAUGUAGCCCACAUUGCCCAGCAGAAUGUAUCUAGACCAGCUUAAAAUUAAGAUUUAUGAACAACAGAAUAAAAUAAGUAUCUAUCUUU